UUCCUUCCUUCCUUCUUCGCCAUUUUUAGAAACAGAAGAAAAUUACCAAAUUCUCUCUCUCAGCUCACAAUAAAAAAUUCCCUGAAGAAUUCUCCUGAAAAAUUAUCAAAUCCUCGCGAAGCAGUAGCAGCUCCGACAAGGUUCUUGGGAGGAGCAACCGACCGCCGGCGCGAUCUCCGGGUAGGAGGCGAGGGAUGUCGGCGCCGGACGCCGCCGGAUUACUGGAAACCUCGAAGGAGCUCGAUCGGCUGAGGAAAGAGCAAGAGGAAGUGCUACAGGAGAUCAAUAAGCUGCACAAGAAGCUCCAAUCCACUCCUGAGGUGGUUGAGAAGCCUGGUGAUAAUUCCUUGUCGAGGCUUAAGAUGUUAUAUACAUCAGCCAAAGAACUCGCAGAAAGUGAAAUAAACUUUUCAACUCAUUUAUUACAACAACUUGAUGUUUUGAUGUCUCCUGGACCUCCAGGGCAACAACGAAGGAGGAUAGAAGGUAAUGAACAGAAAAAGAAGCGAAUGAAGGCUGAUUCUGAUAUGUCAAGACUCUCUCCAUCAAUGCGACACCAGGAGGCUCUCGCUAAUCUCAAGGGUGAACAAGUAGCAGCUAGGGUCACACAAGAAAAUGCUGAGAAAGAUGAGUGGGUCAUUGUUAAAGUUAUUCAUUUUGAUAGGGAAACUAAAGUAAUUGAAGUGCUAGACGAGGAACCUGGUGAUGAUGAAGAGGGUGGCGGCCAGAGAAAGUACAAGCUGCCUAUGUCGCGUAUUAUACCGUUUCCAAAGCGGAGUGAUCCCACGAGUGCUCAAGAUUUCGGUCUUGGGAAACAAGUUUUGGCACUAUAUCCGGGAACAACUGCAUUGUAUAGGGCAACUGUUGCCCAGCAACGCAAGGUAACCGGUUCAUCCAUGUGUGUUAUAUCCAGGUUGUUGUGCUUAGUUAUGUAUUGGAAUUUGACGACGAUGAGGAGGAAGAUGGAUCGUUGCCUCAAAGGCUUGUCCCUUUCCACAGGGUAGUUGGUCUUCCGGAAGGACACAAGCAGUGAAAAAGAUGCUGUUCAUCUGUGUUUGUACAGUAUUGUCCUCGUGGCAUUGUGCAUUUAGACAUAUUUAGGUGGCCUUGUGUCCUUAUUCCAGGGAGCUAGGGUAACGCGACCACUACCUCAGCUCUUGUUGUACCACAGUCGAUUGUUGUUCUAUUGUCUCACUGCUACUUGUUGUACCACUGUUGAUUGUUGUUCUAUUGACUCCCUGCUACUAAGUUUUGUUGUAAUAUUUGUAUCCACAUGAUUGUUUAUUGUGUUUAAAGAUGGAUUGUCCAUUUUCAACUUCA